GCAGGAGAGCGCUGCGCCCGCUUCCGUGUUUGUGUGAUCGGGGGAGUGCGUCGCCGUUUCAUUCAUUUGUGGAGAGUAACGCGAAGCAAGUGAGCAGCAAGGACCAUGGCGCACGAACUGAAACAUGUAUUCGCCAGCCUCCCACAGAUGGAGAGGGGAGUUGCAAAAGUGAUUGGCGGCGAUCCCAAAGGAAACAACUUCCUGUACACCAAUGGGAAGUGCGUCAUCAUCAGGAACAUUGAAAAUCCGGCCAUCGCAGACAUUUACACCGAACACGCCCACACGGCUACCGUCGCCAAGUAUGCCCCCAGUGGAUUCUACAUCGCAUCUGGAGAUGCAUCGGGAAAGAUUCGUAUCUGGGACACCACCCAGAAAGAGCACAUCCUCAAGUACGAGUACACCCCCAUUUCAGGCAAGGUCAAGGACAUCGCCUGGACCGAGGACAGCAAGAGGAUGGCUGUUGUCGGGGACGGACGAGAGAAGUUCGGCGCCGUGUUCCUGUGGGACACCGGCUCCUCGGUCGGGGACCUGCACGGCCACGCCAAGUCCAUCAACAGCGUGGACAUCAAGCAGGCGCGCCCUUACCGCCUCGCCACCGCCAGCGACGACACCUGCGGGUCCUUCUUCAAGGGGCCGCCCUUCAAGUUCGAGUUCACGCUUCGUGACCACAGCCAGUUCGUCAACUGUGUUCGAUUCUCUCCAGAUGGGAAAGUGUUUGUUACAGCUGGCGCUGACGGCCAGAUGUUCCUCUACGAUGCAAACGAUGGAAAGCUUGUUUCCUCACUGGGUGGAGAGAAGGCCCACAAAGGAGGCAUCUAUGCUGUCAGCUGGAGCCCCGACGGCUCCCAGCUGAUCUCCGCCUCGGGGGACAAGACGGUGAAGCUGUGGGACGUCGGAGCAGGAACGGCCGUCACCACCUUCAACCUGGGCGCCGACGUGACGGACCAGCAGCUGGGCUGCCUGUGGCAGAACGACCACCUCCUCACCAUCUCCUUGUCGGGGUACAUCAACUACCUGGACAAGAACAGCCCCGACCGGCCCAUACGCACCAUCAAGGGUCACAGCAAGUCCAUCCAGUGUCUGACUGUUCACAAGAAGGAUGGGCGGCCUUACAUCUACUCGGGGAGUCACGACGGACACAUCAAUUACUGGGAUGCGGAAACUGGUGAGAACGACUGCUUCUCGGGGAAGGGCCACAGCAACCAGGUGAGCAAGAUGGCGACGGACGACGCCAACGAGCUGGUGACGUGCAGCAUGGACGACACGCUGCGCUACACCAACCUCGACAAGACGGAGUACAGUGCCUCCCAUGUGGUGAAGAUGGAUUUCCAGCCUAAGAGUGUGUCCACCGCUGCAGGAGGGCUGUCACUGGCUGUGUGCAUCGGGCAGAUUGUCUUGCUGAAGGACAAGAAGAAAGUCUUCACGUUGGACAACCUCGACUAUGAAGCAGAGGUCGGCGCUCUCCAUCCCGGGGGCACCGUUGCUGCGGUCGGGGGUGCAGAUGGGGGCAUCCGCCUGUACGCCAUUCAGGGCAACUCUCUGAAGGACGAGGGUCAGACCCUCAAGGCUGCGGGGGCCAUCACAGACAUGGCCUACUCCAAUGAUGGAGCCUAUCUGGCCGCCAUCGACGAUAAGAAGGUGGCCACAGCUUUCACUGUGGCGGACAACUACUCGGUCAAAAAUGAGUACCAUGGACACCACGCCAAACCAGUGACUUUGGCCUGGUCACCUGACAAUGAGCACUUUGCCACCGGUGGGAUGGACAUGAUCGUGUUCAUUUGGACGAUUGAUGAUUCAGACAAGAGGAUUAAGCUCCCAGACACUCACCGGUUGCACCACGUCAGCGGCCUGGCCUGGGUGGACGAGCACACCCUGGUCACCACGUCCCACGACGCCAGCAUCAAGCAGUGGACGAUCAAAUACUGAGCGGCCACGUCUCCAGGGACGAGGACUACUGUAAAACUCCAGCUUUCCUUUUUACUGUGUCGUCACUCGACGGUGUGUCUGUAAACAUCUGAAUUGUACAUUUGAUAGAAAUGAUCUGAGAUGACGUGAAUGACCUCAACGCGGAGGCAGAUUGUUUAAAUAUGCGACCGUGAGUGCUUUGACAUCUCCGAUGUAUCUGUAAGCUCUACAUUCCAUAAGUAACAGCUUCCACUCGGGUUGAACUGAACUCCUGGUGUCAAUCUUUAACUUAACAGAGGAAAUAAAUGCAAGUCGGCUUUCUUUUUCUUUUUCUUUUUUUCAACAAAAUCAUGUUUGAAAGAAAUAAAACCUUUUUAGUUCCAUUACUGAAAUGAGCAUAAA